AGAGAGAGAGGGAGGGAGGGAGGGAGGGAGAGAGAGAGUGUGAGAGAUUUGCUUGUUUUUUCAAUUGAUUAGUUAGAUUGAAAAAUGCCAAUGAAGAGUGAGCCAUCGACGCCGCCGCCGCAGAUCGGCAAGAUCGGGCCGUACACCGUGUUUGUGACUCCUCCGGCGACGCCCAGUCCCCGUACGGUACCGGAGUCGCCUAGUAAAAUCGCUCCGGUUGAGACGACGCCGGUUGAGCGUCCUCCGGUUAUGGCUCCUCCAGCUCAAUUCUAUAAGGAAAAGCCAUCUUCUUUUGGUUUCUUCUGGGGCGCCGUUGCCAAGGUUCAAAACGCACAUGCAAGUUUGGAUGAGCAUGUGGCGUAUUGGUUUGGUUUGAAUCAGUCAAAGUAUCAGUGGGCAUUAGAUGAUUACUACGAAAACAACCAGAAGAACCCAACAGAAACAAAAACACAGGUUAAAUCAAGCAAAGCAGAGAGCGUAUGAUAUCCUUACAGGCAGGGUCUCUUUCAAGGCGGAAAAGCUGCUAAAGGUAUUAUGUUCCUGAGCCUGGGAAAAACAAAGCAUAGAUUUCUGACUGUUGUGUACUGAGGAAUUUUGUUUCAUGUAUGCUUAAAGAUGCCAUUAUUAUUAUUUUGUAAAUGAGUAAUAUUUUGCUCUUAUAAACAUUUACUCUGUAACUUUCAAAUGUCAAUGCUAAACCCAAAUUGCAAAAGCAGCAGAAUACAAUUCCCUCGAGCAGGCAAGUUCAUGAACCAACACGCUUCAAGACCCUAUAUUCAAGUGUCGGAAACAAACAUUUUACAUCCUAAUCCAUGAUCCCUACAACAUUUGCAGUAGUAAACAGAUCUGCUGGAAAUUAGAAGAUGCAAAAAAGCCUUGAUAUAUCCAAGUCAAAAUCAUCUUUGAAGAUGCCUAUGUGAGUUGAUGAAAGUAAUCAAACAACACAACAUCCAUUGAGAUUCAAUUUAAUGCAUCUGUCUAUACAGGAACAGAACUAUACUCAGACGUGUACAUUGUCCCGUGUACUGUUUAUUAUUUACAAGCACAUAGGUAGGAGCUGAGAAAUAACUGAAGAGAAAUUAGUAUAAAAGACAUAAGUAGAAAGGAGCGACACUCAGCUCAAAUGAUGUAUGUAUGUACAUUAUUUUGCGUUUGCCAAACAUGUCUAGACUGGAGGUAUGUUGGAAAAGGAGAAACCUUUGUAGCCCUGGUAAGCAUAGUAGGCAAUCCGUGUGUAGUAGAACCCAGGAAUAAAUAGAACUCCGCC